UUCUAAUAUUCAAACUGUAUUGCAGGUUAAUAUUUUUAUCAAUAUGAGUCCAUUGAUGUUCUUAUUGAAGUUAGCUUGGGAUUGUAGAUAUCGCCUUCCUCUUCUCAUAACUGUAGGUUUUAUGGUAUUAGAUGUUAGAAUGCAACUUAAUAUCAAUGUACAGACUCGAAGGGUCCCUAGGCCUCGACCCCCUCCUCAAAGAAUGAAUAUAGAAGAACUUAGAGAUGCCAAUUCAUCAGAUGAUUCUUGGUCUACUGUUGAAGAGAAUUCGGAGUCAGAGACGUGAUCUAAUGUAAUUGUGGGGCUGUUGUAAAAAGUGAUAAUUUUUAGAUGUCUUUUAUAUAUUUAUUUAGCAGAGAAAACCCUAAUGUAGUAACCAAUAAAUAGUUGAUUACACAUUUUUAAUAUAUUUUUUUGAUAAA